AUGGAGGUCGUAGAAAUUUGUCAAGAAAAGAAAUUCUGCCCCCCAAAAUCAAUUAAUCACAAGAAAAGUCCUGCGUCAAUCAGAUGUACGAAAAAAUACGUUCAACCGCCGCGAGUGCAGCCUUUCAAGCCUCAGGUAUCGUACUGUCCACCGAAAAAUCCUGUCGAUACGAAGACGACUUAUCACACGUCGUUUGAUCAAGAAGGCAAAGUCCAAGCUCGACCACAACCUUUCAAGCCAUGCCACAACAUCAAUUUACCUGACGCUAAAUUCGUCGACGACACGACGACCCAUCUAAGCUAUAAGCCAGUUCAAAGGAUUUACAAAGAAAAGCCAAUCCUGCCUCGUCAAAGAAUAUGCCCGCAGCAGGGACCAAUGGAGAACGUGACGACCAUCCGCAAGGAUUUUGCUCCAAAAUGCGCACCACGAGCCGAGAAAAUUGUCCCUUGCGGUCACAUCAGAACGAGCACGGGUUUGUUCGAGACAAAAACUACGAGCCUGCUGUCCUACGUGAAUCCUGGCCCUGUCGAUCCCGUUACAAAUUUUAAACCUCAGCUGCAAUACUGUCAACCCAAAGAACGGACCGCUCAAGAAACCACGCAAAAGCUCAGCUAUUUGCCGUACGAAGUAGGCAAGAAAGAGAAUUACCCAUGGGGCAAGAAACCGUGCUACAAGGCGCCGGAGAUAUCGAUGGCCGGCGAGACGACCUAUAAGAAAAGUUACCACGAGAACAAAGCGCCACGCGAGAAGCCGAUAAUCCCAAAGGAAGUAGGUGUGUUCCCGCGCGGCAGGGAAUUCCUCGAGGGAACCGUGUACAAGGAGAGCUUCCUUCCCUGCCGCAGCGAGCUCGUGACGCCCAUUGUCCCCUGCGGCAAUAUCAGCCUGGCCAACGAUAGAAUGUCCGUCGACACCACCAACAAGCUGAGUUUCCAGCAAGUCAAGGCCGAGAAGCGCAAGCCCAUUUUGCCAAGGCCGCGUAUUUGCGGUGUCACGGGGCCCAUGCCGAGCGACACCACCAACCGACUGUCCUACACACUGAAAAUCGGCAAGAGACCCAAUCUUGCCGUGCCCUGCGGUCACAUUCGUACGGCUAAACAACCGCUUGACGCCAAAACCACCACCAAAUUAUCGUACGUCAGCCCUGGACAGACGCAGCAGUUCCCCAACUUCAGACCCGUCUUUAAGUACUGCAAACCCGAGGAGAAGAUAGAAGCUGACACGGUGAACAAAUUGUCCUAUCAGCAGUGGUCGAUUGGGCCGAAGGAGAAAUUGCCUUGGGCCGAAAAGCCACGUUACUGCAAGCCCAACGAAAAAAUGCCUAGCGAUACGAUUUACCAUCGAAGCUUCCCACCGCCUGGACACUUCGUCGACGAGUCCGAGCCUUCGCGAGAAGAGUGCCAGUGCGCGUCAGAAGGCGAAGACGGCCGCGACGGAAACGUGUCGUGAACUUCUUUCUGACGAGAUGUCAUUUUCAAAAUUCAAUGCAUUCGAAAGACAAAUUGUAAUGCCGCAACCGAAAAUCCGGCAGCAUU